UACCGGACGGAACAACCUGGGCUUGAUGGCCGAUAGAAAAUUACGCCAUCAGCCUGCCUGGCGUGCAUAUGGCGGCAACGGUGCUCUCCACAGAGCAGUGCUAUUAUCUCAGGUGCGCGAACACCAGCAACACCCAUCGAAAGUGAUAGCGUCGGGCGCGCUCGGGGUGAGAUAACGUGCACGGGAUGUGACCGACCAGCGUUGUGUGUACGAUAAAAGUGCGCCCAUUGCGAACAAGGGCCCCGGAGUGCUGCUGAAAAUCGAUGAAACCUGCGAGAAGGGAGCGCUACCUCAGAGAGUACGGCUCAGCCCUUACUCCAAAUCAUCAGCUGGUUAGACAUUGGCGCACACCGACAGCAUUACUCAUCGAAGACAGUCGCGUUCAGGUCGAAGAGGACGGCUCGAAGUGAUUAAGUGCAACACUAGACCACUACGACGUAGAACCGGAGGGUAGAACCAUCGUGACUCACGCGACGGGCUCGCAUCCUAAUGACAACGACAUUAACAGCUGAUCCCUUUGAAUGCCACUGGUUAAUGUGAUAGUGCGUGUCGCCGUGUGUCUACCGCUAAUUGAGAAGCCCAAUUUGACCUGAACCUGUGAGCAAACGAGACAAAAGCACCAGUGAGAGUGAACGGAACGAGUGAGAACGAGAGUCCGGAGCGAGCUGACGUAGAAAACCGGAACGUGCGAGCUGGUGGCCGAUGAGUCCGAUGUGCACCGUCGUCCGUGCCCGUGGUUCCCUUCUGUCAGUGUCAGUACGAUCGAUGUGCCCGGGGGCACCGGUGGCGGAACUAUGGUGCGCUUAUCAUCACUGGUAGUAGGGAUGGCGUGCCAAAAUCGACGCCAUCGAUCCGUCCAGUCACCGGAAACACUGCCACAGCGAGCUACCCUGAUCGUGAUCGCGUGUGUUGCUGUACUUCCGAUCGUCACCAGUCAGUACUACACGACCCGCGAUCCUCGGUGGUAUUCACGGGAAGGUGACUUCAACUACAAGAUACCAAACCCCGGUGAACCGGAUUAUCGAACGUACACCUUCAACAACCGACGGUACGGGUUCUACCAACCGAACGGCUACGGUCAGCAGUACCCGGGACAGAACCAACCCGGCCAGUACCCGGACAACACAGGCCUCGGUGACGAUCGCUUCAAAUAUGAUCCGAACAAUCCCACACUCAUCCAGACACCGUUCCCGGGUGUGCUCGGUGGCUGGCGUGAGGAUCUGCAGGGUAAGCUGCGCCGCGAUUCGAUGCAGCUCGAGCGCGAUGUGUUCGUGACGACGAACUACGGGCAGGUGCAGGGCUUCAUCACCUACCUGUACGAUGAUCCCAACCCACGGAAUCUGUACCGCCCUUGGCACAGUACCGUCGAUCGCAUUAUGGGCAAGUGUUCGACGUUCCUGGGCAUACCGUACGCACUGCCACCGACCCACGAAGGCCGAUUUAAACCACCGAGACAGCACCGUGGAUGGCAGCUGGUGCAAGCCGUCGACUAUGGUCCAGCCUGUCCGCAACCGGUCAAGUAUACCGGUGCGACCAAGGGUAUCCGUGAUAUGGACGAGGAUUGUCUGUACCUUAACAUCUUCUCACCGAAUACACAAGCAGGAGUCGCUCAACGGUAUCCGGUGAUGAUCUACAUUCAUGGCGGUGAGUUCGUCCGCGGAGCUUCCAAUACCUUCCCCGGUCACAUGCUGGCCGCUUUCUACGAUGUGGUGGUAGUGACGUUCAACUAUCGACUCGGAGCCCUUGGAUUCCUCUCCACCGGCGACGAGAACUCACCCGGAAACUACGGUAUCCUCGAUCAGAUCAUGGCGGUACGGUGGGUGUACGAGAACAUCGAGUCAUUCAAUGGCGAUCGCAACUCGAUCACCCUAUUCGGCCCCGGGGCCGGUGGUGCUUCCGCCGGUUUGCUGAUGGUUGCACCACAAACCCGCGACAUCGUGACGCGCGUCAUCGGUCAAUCCGGAUCGGCCCUAGCCGACUGGGCACUGAUCGAGGACAAGUGGCGAGCACAGAAUACGAGCCGUGUGUUCGGCCAGAUGGUCGGUUGUUCGAUCGAAACUUCCUGGAAGUUGGUGAACUGUAUGCGCAAUGGACGCAGUUUCUACGAGCUCGGUAAUGCCGAGUUUGCGCCACACGUCGGUCUCUUCCCGUGGGGCCCGGUGUUAGAGAACAAUUUCACGUUCCCGGGCGAUAACUGGUAUGAAGGUUGGAGCGAACGUGAUUGGCACUUUCUAUCGGAGACACCGGAAUCGCUUAUCCGGCGGCGACAGUUUAACCGGGGGCUACACUACAUGAGCGGCGUAACGCUACAGGAAGCGGCUUUCGUUGUGUCCGGGAAUGAAACUCUCGCACCACGGUUCGAAGUGGAUGAACGGUUCUUCGAUCAGAAGGUACGCGAACUGGUGCUGCGCUACAACUAUACGCUCAACCUGAACGGCACGUACGAAGCGAUCAAGUACAUGUACACCUAUUGGCCGGAUCCGAAGAACACCACCUUCAUCCGGGAGCAGUACAUUCAUCUCCUUUCGGACUUUCUCUAUCGAGCACCAACGGACAAGCUGGUGAAGCUGCUGGUCGAGCGGAACGUCCCCGUCUACAGCUACGUCAUGAACACGACGAUCGAGGGACUGAAGCUACCGGAAUGGCGCAAAGUACCGCACGACAUCGAACACUAUCUACUGACCGGAGCACCGUUCAUGGAUGUCGAGUUUUUCCCUCGACGAGCACGGCUCGAUCGGUUAAUGUGGACUGACAAUGAUCGGAACAUGAGUCACUUUUUCAUGAAAACGUACUCCGACUUUGCACGCCACGGCAAUCCAACGCCAACGCAGGUACUGGGACUGUACUUCGAGAAGGCACGCAACGGGGAGCUGAAGUACCUUAACCUGAACACGACCUACAAUUCGACGAUCAUGAUGAACUUCCGGCAGACGGAAAGUGCCUUCUGGACGCAGUACAUACCGACGGUCGUUGGAGUGAUGAUACCGACCUAUCCUCCGACCACGGAAUUCUGGUGGGAACCCAAAGAACCGUUACAGAUCGCGUUCUGGAGCUUGGCAGCCGCGUGUCUCAUAUUGAUGGUGCUCGUUGUGAUAUGUUGUAUCAUGUGGCGAAAUGCAAAGCGAAAAUCCGAUCAACUGUACGAUGAGGCCGCCUUCGGGAUGGAUAAUCCCGAAUCGGAGCGAGAUACGAUCAUGGAAAACAGUAUGCUGCAAAGGCAGCCAAUGCAGCGUGGCCAACGGGACAACAUCUACGAGUACCGUGAUUCACCCUCGAAGUACAGCAAAAUGCAGCAACAGCCACCGGAUGCCAGUUCGAUCCGAUCACCGAGUAGCCUCGGGAUGACGCAGAUCACCGGCAAGAGCGGAAUCACGGGCAGCCAAAGUUCGCUGCGUAGUGCCAUCUCGAUGAAGGAGUCCAUCUCGAUCUCACCGAUGCCGAAGGAGUCCAACUUCGAUCGGAACCUCAAGUACGCCGAAGAUGGCAUCCAGAAGAAUGGCAAGUAUCCGAUACGGACCGACUCGAAGAACUUGCUAGCGUCCAAUGAGACCAGUAAAUCGCAGCGUGAUCUUGUCAGUGGUGGUGGUGGCGGUACGAUCGGUACGGGUUCUGUUGCUGCCAGCAGCAUUAGCGGUUCAAAUCGGUCACAUCAACCGACACCGGUUCCACUGGCGCGCGGUGGAAGCAAGAGCAACAACGCUAGCAAAACGAACCUCAUCGAGGGCAUUCCACAGACGGAAGUUUAGUUGCUUGAACGAACGAACGAACGAACGAUCGAUCGAUCGAUCGAUUGCUAGGGUAAGGAUCUUCUUGUGCUCAAGCACAAGAGAGCUACCACUACAACCCCAAUCACAUAUAUUUUGCGUAAGCGCGUACAAUGCUGCGUCCGGCUGGUCAGCGCCACGCUGGAGGUUGCUUUUUUGUGACCACCACGAAGGCCCCUGCUGCCGUACGGACGGACGCGGUAGAUUCUUAGUUUAAUGUCCUGUUUUAACGUGUUUUUAACCCAUCGGCAACCGUACUAUAGCCGUAAGUGCCCCGUGCUAGAUUAGAAUCGCUAGGAUAAAACGAAAGGUUUGGUCGCAGCGCAUCCGCUGCACCACCUUCGCCAAGAGACCACCAUCAUCAUCACCGUAGUGUAGUGUACCGGGAAUUAAAUCUACAAUAGAUUGUGACCCCUCUGUCCCGUGUAAGAAAGCGUACAGUAAUCGAGCACAAAGUGCCUUUUGUAGAGCCUUAGUAAUAAUAGUAGUAGCGCUAGUACUAGUGUUGAAUGUUUCAUUAUUUUACGUGUUAUCAUCUGUACAUAUCACGAUCGUAUCACGUGUAUCCUGUUGUCUGUGUCAGUGUAUCCGUCCAAACUUUGUGUUUAGUAUUUUGUCACACGCGCGUUAAACCGAGGUCGACCCUUGACGUCCAUGCCACUCUGUGUUGUUCGUGUUCGUGUUUGUAGUCAUGUAAGGAUAUAGCUAAUAGCCCGUUGUGCUCCUAAGUUUAAGCUUAAGCUCUAAUCUGUUUCUAUGAGCGAUAACUAUUUUUAAACAAUUACCCUCUCUUGAUCCUCUCUUGCCGAUCAGCAUCGAUUGUCGGGCAGCAUCGAGAUACUUUUAUAAUUUUUGGGCCAAACUGUGCAAAUAUUACCGUACUCGGAAUCGCGGCAAACACACGGGGCCCUCGAGAGAGGAAAAAAGGGGUUGCGACUGCACUCCCCUUCUCUGUGCGUCGCAACACCUUCUCCUGGAUCGGUCGCCUAUGUGCUGUCUGCUGUCUGCUAUUCCUACUGCUACUUACUGCUACUUCGUUAAGGUUAGUUUCUAUUCCGUUCUUCGAAACUUUUUACCACCCCGUACAGUGUGGUCUAUAAAAAGGUGAGCUUUAGCUUCUUAGAAGACACUUUCUAACGUUCUUUUAACGCCGUGCCCGAUCGCGGCAUGUGUGUACCGCGUAAAGGGAAAUGAUUGUAAAUAUAAUUUCAUUUCAUCGUCACAAAAAUUACCACUUAAGUAUUACGCGAUUAGUACAAUCUAGGGGCAUCCCACAAACGUUUUUGGAAAUGAGCAUUUUAUACUAGAUUUUACCCUAGCUUCCUCGUAGCUACGAACGAAACGAAGAAAAAAAAGUGAAACGAAUAAAGAUAUCUUUUUAAACAAACGAAAAGAAUGGCGUAUCUUCAAUUCAUGAGCUUUGAUCGUUUCGCGACCCAAGCAAGGAUUUACUGAUCCGAUGUGUGUUUCUCGUCGUCUUCUGUCUA